UCUAACUCACCUUAAACCCUGCCGAUUGAAGUCGACGAAGUCGAACUCGAAAAGCCAGAGAGAUCCUCUGAUGGUAUUUGAGAUCAAUCAAUGAAAGUUAGGUUUUUUCUUUGAGAUUUCAUCUUGGUGAAUAAAAAAUGGCGCUUGUGAGAAGGUUUCACACAGUUCGUUCUUUGUUGCGAACAGCUGGAUCAAGAGAAUCUUCACUCCCAUUUGGGAAUGGAAAUGACUUCUCUUUGAUUCAAAUUGGAAAUGAUUUCAGAUUUGGGUGUUGGAGAAGUCAUCAUUCUUCACUUUUCCACGCUCCUGAAGCUCAUGGGAAAAGUAUGUAUUCACGUUUACAUGAGAGCCAUAGCGUCAACACACAUUUGCUUCGAUCUAAGAUGAUUGCAGAGUCUUUGCCGUUUAUGAAUGAUAAAAGGUUUGCUUCAACGCAAGUUAAGGCUCCUCCUCAACUACAGAAAACGGGUGCUGUUAGAGUGUCUAUGGUAAGUCCUGGAUUUGUAUAUGAACCCUAUGCACUCCAGGAGAAAAUCUCGAUUUGGCGGAGAUGUUUCACAAGAAGUGGUUGGCGAAGAACAAAGGAGGAUUUUGUACGCGAGCUAAGAAGUGCCUAUGCUAUCGCUAAGUUAAGAAAGACUGGGUAUUCGAAGAAUACGUUCUACAUAGAAGCACUAGAGUUGUACAAACAGAUUAAUAUUCUGAUGGCAAAUGGUGACAAGAAGGAGAUAAGGAAAAACGUAACCGAAAGAAUGUAUUCUGCAUUGAAGAACGAAAUUAAACAAAGAGAAGCUAUCUGGGACGGUGUUUACUGGGAAAUGAUUGAGCCGGUUGUCAAGAUCCGUACUUUACAAGCUCGACUGAUCGGAAUUGACCGGACAGACCUUAAGAAAGCAUUCAUACAACUGACACUCGAGUUUCUGACAAAGCAGAAAUUCGAAGCAUACGAUGCAAAAGGCAAUGUACUAGCUGGAGACAGGAAGAAAGAGGUGCUUGUACGUGACAUAUGGGUCUUUGAGAAGUCUCUUUUCCAUACAGGAGCUUACUGGCGGCUCUGUGGCCGGAUCAAAUUAUAAAUUUUUGCAACAUUGUGGACAAAGAGUGUCAACAGUCUCAGACAAAGAAUAAAACCAACAUGUCCUGAUCUUUGCUGAGUCAGUAUUCUCCUUAACGAUUGGCUUUCAAUUCAAUUCAAGCCUGUAUGUUAUCUGAUUAGGUCCCUAGAAAAACUUUGCUAUUCUGCGGGGUAAAUCUUCGAUACAAGCAAAGAUCAGCAACAUAUGUGUUGGGUUAGUCUCUUUGUAUACUUCAUUGGAACCAUUUCUUUUUUUCUUUGUUAUUCUUUUUAUUGUAGUUCAAUAACAGAGACUGGUUUUGUUGCUUCUGUCACUUUCUUCUACUUUAAAUGUUAUAAAUGGAUUAUUUAUGAUUCAAGUAAA